UACAGCAACAUGUCAGCGUGGGAAACACUAGGAAACUGCUGCGACUGUUAAAUUAAACCAAUUUCAGCCAAACUUUCCCUCCCUUUCUGUGCGGGCUGGAAUUGAUCACAUGGCCUACCUGCAAACUGCAGCUGCACUGACUCAAAAUGUGGGAUCUUAUAAACACUAAAAGAGCCAAUCAAAUCGCUGCCAGCCGGCGCUGAGUUUAUCUAUUGGACGGAGCUCCUGUCAAUCACGACAGACAAGCCCUGAAGCAGCGGUGAGCAGAGCACUGGCUGGCUGCAGUACAGAGAUGUGAAGAAUUAUUUGCCAUGCCACCAAAUCGGUAUAUGGACAGGCCAGGUGAUGAAUAGCCAGAGAUCCUCCCCUGCAGUCCAGUCACUCUGUCCAGGAGCUGACCACUUCCUCAGGCUGCUUGAGUGAUUAACAUGACACCUGUCAUGGAGGGCACACACACCGUGUUGCUCCUGUAUGCACCCAUCCGUGAGCUAAGUAACAUCAGGCUGUAUUUCCCCAAGAGGCGGGCCCCGAUCUUCAAGUACAAGAGCCGCGCCUCUCAUUCAGAAAGAGCCGGUAAUGACCAUGACCAGGGAAAGGAGGACCUCGGCGUGUCCGAACAAAGGGGCCAGUCUUCUGGCUCCUCGGGCCAACUCCUCAUCUCCCAGCAGGCAACAAAGGAGGCAGUUGCAGAGCUCUGCUGGCUGGCGGCGGAGCACCACCAGUUGCUGGCUAACCUCUUAUCGCUGUGUAGGGAUUGCGCCGUCAAAGUCAGGAUGGGUAACCAGGAUGGGAAACUCCAGGAUUACAUGGAGGGUCAGGAGGUUCACCUCGGGGGUCAGGUUCUCAGCAGCAGCAGCAACAACAUUUCUCACACUAUGUCUCCAGAGAAUAAGACAUACAAGAGCAAGAAGGUGAAGAAGAGUGGAGGCAAGAAGCUUGACAGUGCUGAGGAUAUCCUGCAUAGUAAAAUGAAGAAAAAAGUUGCAAGUGGAACUUCGUCUAUUCAGCUUCCUGCUCACAGCAGUGUGUCCACAAUGCAGCAGAUACUGGGUACCCCAGCCUCCGGCCACAUCACUGACAGCCCAGUCACCGGCUCUUAUGUCAGUGCAGUCAGUAAUCCCAUCCUGCCCAUGGAGGAACCUUUCCAGAUCAGCCAUGAGGGUUGGGACUUCAUGGAGGAAAACCGGACAUUCGACCCCGACAUCGAUUUCUGCAAUGACUUCUCAGAAUAUGACGGUGAGCUGGGUUAUGAGUCGUCGUUCUGCAGCCUCAUGGAGGGGCUGACCCGGCGGGAAAGUGGGAGCAACCUCCGACCAAUUAAGAGGUCUGAUUCCUUGGGUGAUGCAUUGUCUGAGAGUGCAUCAACGGUCAAGUCCGCUCAGCAGCUGUACGAUGAAAUCAGCCGGAGUAACGCAGGGGUCAGGGUUGUGGCCAAAGUGCAGGAUGUGGAAGGGAGAGUGCAGCAUGUCAACCAUGCAGUACACCAACCAGGGACUAGCAGCUGCCAGCAGGGGUAUGGAGAGUGGAAAGGACCAAAUGGACACCACCUGCUGGGAGUCAAUAAAGAAAAGACGGGUAACAAGCCUCCUGAGGGACUACGGUUGCCCCUAUCUCAUACCACCGAACCAUACCCCCUAGUCAAAUCCCACACAAAGAGCCCCUCCUCGCCAUCCCUCGCUGGUGUCUUCAACACAUCCUUCCCUGCCUCCAACAGUCUCCAGAGCAUGUCUCCAGUCUUGUCCCCUCUGUCCUCCAAGCAGCCAAGCCCCCAGCUCAACCACCGCAUCGUUCUGCUCUCAGACCAGGACGUGGACCACGAACAAGACAGCUCCAGCAACACAGAGCCCAAGAUCUUCACGGAGGUCAUCGACAAGAACGGCAACAAGCGCACCAUCACACGUCUGGAUCUGAACCUCAGCAGGCGGCCCAGUACCUCCAAGUGGAACUCCUCCAGCAACUCCACAACAACAGAGGAUUCCCUCUUGCGUCAGGAUGAUAUUUGGAUGCUGGAUGGUGAUGACCCACAGGAGCCUCUUUCCCGUGCCCCACGCCCUGAUCACCUCGACUUCCUACGCAUCACGCCACCUGAAGAUGACAUCAUCGGGGACACACCCUACUGUCCUAAACUGGAGUGCACGCCUACAGAGAUGUGGCCUUUGAUCCAGUGAACACACAGAGUCAAUCAGGCUGAAGGAAUGCUCAAAUGGAGAAUAACCUUUGGUUCCUCGGGGCAACCACAGUCUGAAAAAUGCUUUGUUUUUCUAAACACUUCCUUGUUUCUCAUAAAAAACUUUGUCAUUUUACCCUCACAGAUUGUAAUGCCUGUAAACUUUUUGACUUGUAAAAAAAAGGGUCUUUUAAACUACACUUCAAGUUUGACCGUCA